AUGGCACCUGUGGUCGAGUGCUGGGAGGCGUUCAGCCGGUGCUGUCGGCUGUGCUCGCGGGCAGAGUUCGUCGAGACGGACACCAACCCCGACAUUAUGAAGAAACAAUGUUCGGGCGACGCCUCCGAGACGGCUAUACUCCGGUUCACGGAGUCCAUCAACGGCUCUGUCGCCGAAUACCGGCGCCAAUACCCCAAAGUGGCCGAAAGACCGUUCAGCUCGUCCUACAAAUACCAGUUCUCUAUACAUAAGAACUCUGCCCCUGGAGCUGAUGGAUCCAACUUUUUCCUGGUGAUGAAGGGCGCGCCGGAACGCAUACUACAGAUGUGCGGCACUUAUAUGGAGGCCAACGGACAGACACAACCCAUUGACGAGCGAUUCGUAUACGGCUUUGAGGAGACGUACCGCAGUCUGGGCUCAAAGGGCCUCCGAGUGCUCGCCUUAUGUGACUACGAGUUCACGCAAUUCCCGGCCAAUCAUAGGUUCAAUUUGGACGAAGAGAUGGGCUUUGAGCUGAAGAACCUGCGAUUCCUGGGUCUGGUCGCUAUGAUUGAUCCGCCCCGACCCACAGUACCCGACGCGGUGCGCAAGUGUCGCAGCGCCGGCAUUAAAGUAAUUAUGGUGACCGGCGACCACCCGAUCACCGCCCAGGCUAUCGCCAGAUCCGUCAACAUAUUCUCGCAUUCACACCGUCGGUCCACUCGGAUAUCCAUUCUGGCGACGGACGGCCAGAUCCGCAACAACACGGCCUCUAUAGUAGUGCCCGGAGAGGACCUCUUGGAGAUGUCGGACGACGAGCUCAGGGAUGUGCUCAACGACUACCAGGAGAUUGUGUUCGCGCGCACAUCACCGCAACAGAAGCUGAGGAUUGUGGAGAACUGCCAAUACUUGGGACAAAUCGUUGCCGUCACCGGCGAUGGUGUCAACGACUCGCCCGCACUCAAGAAAGCCAACAUUGGCAUAGCUAUGGGAAUCACCGGUUCAGAAGUAUCAAAACAAGCGGCAGAUAUGAUACUAUUGGACGACAAUUUCGCCACAAUUGUGAUCGGAGUGGAAGAGGGAAGGCGUAUAUUCGACAACAUGAAGAAGACGGUGUCCUAUAUUAUGGCGGGUAGUGUCACAACACUCUACCCGUUCAUAGUGUAUGUCAUAUUUGGCUUUCCAUUGGCCAUCGGCACAGUGACGGUGCUGUUGAUCUGUUUGGGCACCGAUAUGAUGCCCGCCAUAGCACUGGGCUAUGAAAAAGCCGAAUCAGAUAUCAUGCACUUAGCGCCCCGUAAUCCCAAGAUCGACAAACUGGUCACCGGUCAGCUUCUCCUCAGGGCUUACCUACUCAUUGGGCUCAUCGAGACGAGCGCCGGCUUUUUUGGCUAUUUCCUAACAUUCCUGAACUAUGGCUAUGGGCCCACAUAUCUGUGGCAGUCCAGAGCACACUGGGAGGACACUGCUAGGAAUUCCACCAAUAUUUAUGGUGAAGUCCAUAAUUAUGAGCAGAGAAUGGAGUUCCAGUACGAGGCACAGAGCGCCUACUUUAUUGUCAUAGUAGUCGUCCAAUGGAUUGAUGUCAUCAUUUGCAAGACUAGACGACUGUCUAUAUUCCAACACGGAUUCGACAAUCAUUUCCUCACAUUCAGCCUAUUCUUCGAGACAGCGAUGUCUGUGUUCUUCUGUUACACACCGAAAGUGAAUCAAGUGUUGAGUCUGAGACCAGUUCACGGUAUGGUUUGGUUGAGUGCUGUCCCCUUUUUCUUCUAUAUCUUCAUAUUUGAUGAGUUGAGGAAACUAUUUAUCAGAAGAUUUCCCUUUUCUUUCUUCUCCAAAGAGUUGAUUGUUUAA